AUGCCCCGACGAAGGCCUAGGGAAGCUGUCAAGCGAUCAAAGACUUUCACAGGCUGCUGGACUUGCCGAUCCCGAGGAGUUAAAUGCGGUGAGGAGAAACCGGUCUGUGCCAGAUGCAGUAAAGGGUCCUUCCAUUGUGAGGGCUAUGGAGUUAAGCUCGUUUGGCCAGAUGAAUACAGCAAUAAUCCCUCGGGCGCCCAGAGGCGCUUGUUCACCCAAUUGCAGAAGACCAGUGGACCCACCCUCAGUGAGCUAGAACUUGAUAUCUCUCUCUCGACGUUGGAUGCAGCGAUUGUCGUCGAUCAAGAGCAAGAUGGCCUUUUCUCGGUUUUUAGGCUGCCAUCCUCCGAAGCAGAUGAUUUUCAGGAGAUCUCAAUAUCACGCAGUGAAACUUCACGAUAUUGUGUUGAUGGUGGGUUCUCCAAUCAGUCCGUCGUGGAAAAUGGGAGUUCGCUCUUUGCAGCCUCGUCUUCUAAAGACUCAUCGAUCUCAACCAUACUGGAGGAAUCAGGUGAAGAUGAUGUUGUGCACUAUAAUAAAGACGAAAACUUGGAUGUUCCGAUUUAUAGAUGCCGUUCUCCAUCCCGUUCGCAGCACAAUAUGGCAUUUCAUUGGGAACCCUGGGUGGAAGAUGCUAUGGAUCCUUUUGGGCCACUGGAAUAUUUCACACCUCUCAAUGACCCGGGACCCCGAGAAGAACGAGAGUUAAUGCAUUACUGGGUGACGCAUCUGAGCGAUCUUAUGAUAUCAGCGGGCUUGGCAGACAAUCCUUACCGUACCGUCUGGAUUCCCAUGGCUCUGGAAUCCACGGCAGGCAAAGAUAUCUUGCUUGAGAACUCCGCUCUUCUUCAUGCAAUCUAUGCGUUGUCGGCCUUCAACAAAUUCCAGCGCGUAGGCUCCAGUAGCCUGCCUUACUCCAUCAGCGCCAUCAAACACUAUCAAUUGAGUCUCGAGUAUCUCCGACAGGCAUCAAUGCAGCAACGCGAAGCGCAGCUGGAAGUUGUGCUGGCUACCAUCAGUGCUCUAUCACUCAUGGAGGUUAUCAAUGGCAACUUCUCAUUCUGGCGCAAACAUCUAAAAGGUGGCCGUGCAUGGCUUCGGUCCAUUGAGCGAGGGAAAUGGACUCGUUUGCAAAAGUCGGCGACUUAUCAAUUCUUCCUGUGUGCUGAAGCUAUUGGAUCCUUCCUUCCAAGGGCUGCCGAGAAUGCGCCCUUGGAAAAUAUCUAUGCAUGUGCCGUUGGCGACUCAGACUACGUCCAUGAUUCAACCUUUGGUGUUACGAACAUUUCUCUAGACGUAGACUACGUUCUUGAUCGAUACUUCGGUAUUACGAAACCAAUUUUGGAGGCCAUCACACAUAUUAAUCAUAUUCUCGCAUCUCCCUACCGUCCCUCUAAGACCGAACUGGAAGGACUUGAGAUUAAAAUUCUGCUCAACAGACCGAUAUCUAUAUCGAACAGACGAGCAAACUUUGAUCCCGAAAGCCAGGCACUUGUGGAUUACAAAAUGAUGUUCUAUUAUGCCUGCCAUAUUCAUUUCAAACACAACCUACUGCAUACCACUUCGGAGGACCUCCAAGGGAUAGUACGUCACUCUCUCUUACAUUUACAAAACAUCGAAAUCCACGAAACAACCUAUGGGUGCUGUGGGAUUUUAUGGCCAAUCUUUUUGAUCGCCUGCGAAUCUGACGAACGCAAGUCGCGCAACGCAUUCCUUAGAUGGUUUUCCACGAAGGCGAGAUUGGGCAUUGGAAGUCUGGCCUUGGCUUUGGCUGUAGUUAUUGAAGUUUGGCGCAGGAGGGAUGCCGCAAGGUCCCGUGAUCAUGGCAGCUGCUUUGUGAGCUGGGAGAAAGUUAUGGCAGAAAUGGGAUUGGAUUUGUUUAUUAUUUAG